AUGUUUAUUUUCGAUACUUUAGUUUUUUUACUAAUCUUAAUCAGUCAUGGAUUGACAGCAAUUGUUAAUACCAAUGAUUUUCCUCAAAUUCUAACACGACAACAUAAUCAAACAUUAAAUUUAUCUGAUACAGCUAUUUUAACAUGUCAUGUUACUAAUUUGGGUAAUCAUCAUGUAACAUGGCUUAAAUAUGAUCGUAAUACUUCAACAUUUUUACCAUUAACAGUUGGUGAACAAGUAUUUUUAUCUGAUAAACGUUAUUCUGUAACCUAUUAUUCCAUCUCAUCGGAUAAUUCCUAUUGGAAUUUAGAAAUUUAUAAUACAAAAUUAUCGGAUGAAGGUAUUUAUGAAUGUAAAAUAUCGAAUCGUCGUCGUAGUGUAUCAAUUAAAAUACAUUUAUAUAUACAAAUACCAAUGAGUAUUCAACCAUCACGUUUAUAUGUUGAACCUGGUUCGGAAGUUGAAUUAGAUUGUAUGAUUUAUAAUAUAAAUACAUCAUCUAUAACAUGGGCUUUUUCAAGUUAUGAUAAUACAUAUCAUUAUAGCAAUCAUUUAGAUGGUAUUCAUGAAAAAAUUCAACAUGAAAAAAAUAUUUCCAAAUUACAAUUAAUUAUUCCACAUGCACAAACUUAUCAUUCAGGUUUAUGGACAUGUACAUAUAAAAGACAAAGACGAAGUGCAAGAAUUUUAGUAGUUAAAGGUUAG